GUGGUCGGGUAAAAGGCUAUACCGGAAUCUGCGUUCAUCUCCCGAGUCGAUACGGCGGUACUGUAUCUAAUUGGAAUUGGUUUUGUACAUUUUCACUCGUUCUCGUGCUCGUACGUUGUUAGAAAACCGUUGUAAACAUACGCACAAUGUCGACCUUUGAAAAAGCUGUCGAGGAUGUAAAAAACUUGAAGGUCACACCUCCGGAUGCCGAUCUGUUGGAAGUGUAUGGAUUAUACAAGCAGGCUACCGUUGGGGAUUGUAAUACCGACAAACCAGGUUUGUUGGAUUUCAAAGGGAAAUCGAAAUGGGAAGCCUGGAACGGACGCAAAGGAUUGGCUCAGGAAGAUGCGAAGCAGGCAUAUGUCGAUAAGGUAGCCAAAUUGGUUGAGCAGCACGGACUUAAGUAAACAGUCCAAAAGAUAAAACACAAACAGGGAGUGUAACUAAAUACACGUUAUCAAGGAAUCUCGAGCCGUAUGCCUGUAUAGACGAUAAAUCUUCCAGAACAUUGAUUUAGUUAUUGGAAAAUAUAAUUUUGCUGGUUAAAAUGUGACAAAAAAAGCAACAAUUUUGCUGGUUAAAAUGAGAUAAUGCUUGGCGGUAGGUUUCUUAGCAUUUUAUAUUUGAUUAUAAUAUUUUGGAAACGUAUAUAUGCUGCAAAGAUAAAAAAUAAAUAAAAAAUGGUAGGUACAGUUGAAAUUGCAACUGGUUACGCUUCCAUCGG